AUGGAAGGACGAUUCUUGCCAUCGCAGAGGGUCUUCGUCAGAAGUGGACAAGUUAACUUGCAUCUUGCCGCUCUUCCUCCCUCCGCAUUCCAUCUCCCCGCUGCCGAGGCCGAAAGUGCUCAUCCCGUGCCACCGUCUGGGUGCAUCGAUGAUACCCCGCCCUCGCCGAACACGAAUAUCUGUACUGCUGCAAUCUCGUCCCGGCUCUUCACUCUCCUCCUCUUCCCUCUCUGCUGCUGUGAGCGUGUCGAUGGAGGUACGAUGGCUUCGACGCCUACCAACAACAGGCUCAAUUUGACGCCCUCCAACUCGCCCUACUUGUCUCGUCCGAUCAGGACGCCCACACGUGGCCGGCACACGCAAGAAUCACGUCUCGCCCUUAAGAGAGUCGUCGGCACCACCUGCCGCUCACCGACCGCGUUCGAUACCGUCCACUCCCUGUUCGCCUACACCGCAGGCGCUGCUGCGGUCGUCGUCGACGUCGGCGGCCAACGGUACUCCCAGCGUUUCUACCGAGCCCGUCCCACCGCCAUUCCCGUAUACUCGGUCAACUCUCAGCAUGCACCUUCGACGCCAACGGCCACGACGCCCAAGGCAAACGACAGCCGGAACCGCGCAGCCCCAAACUAUCGGGAUUCCCAACACAGCCCUUCCGAUUGGGCCGACUCUCCAGCAUCAAGGACGUGGACGAGCCGCGAGAGGAUAAAAGCGGCAACAUGCCUCGCCCUCAGCCGCGACGGCAAGUUCCUCGCUGUCGGCGAGACUGGCUACUCGCCCCGGGUCCUCAUCUUCAGCCUCCAGGAUGCAUCCUCCGACAUCCCGCUCGUCGCCAUCAACGAGCACGCCUUUGGCGUCAACGCCGUCGCCUGGUCGCCAGACUCGAGAUACCUAGCCUCCCUUGGUGCCGCCAACGAUGGCUUCCUCUGCGUCUGGAGGAUCGACCCCCGAACGGGUUCGGCAAAGCUCUUUCAGCAAAACAGAUGCACCUCCCUCAUCAAGGACAUGGUCUGGCUGGGAAGCAGCCUCAUCACCCUAGGGCUGCGGCAUGUCAAGAUUUGGAAGAUUGAUGAUAGCCCUUCUACGUCGCCGUCUAAGCAGCGUUUCUCGAACGAAUCGACGCCCACCUCAUCCGCGAAUCAGAAAACCUUACCCGGCCGCAACAUUCUCCUCGGCGACUUGCUCGACGCCACAUUCUGCUGCGCCGCCGUCGACCGCAAGCGGUUCAUUGCUUGCACCGACGCCGGUGAUGUUUGCAUCCUCAACGACGAUGGUAAGCAGUUGCGCCUCGUCAAGGUGCAAAACCUUGCAUUUUCCAUCACCACCAUUACCCUCCGAGGGAACGUCGCCUACGUCGGAGGCAAGGACGGCCACUUCGCCACCCUCGACCUCGACGGACUGAUGAAUGGUUGCGCCGACAAUGUCUUGACGACGACGGAAGCAUCUUCAGGCAUUGCCGCUAUCGGAUUUCUGACGGACAAUCUCGUCACCAUCGAUUCGAAGCGGUCCAUCGACAUCUGGAACCCCGACUACGUCCCGGGCCAGCAGGGAGAGGCCGUCGCCCAUAUUCCGAUACCAGGCCAUGGAGAGGCCAUCGCCGGAAUCCAUGCUCUGCGCAGACCGAACAAGGCAAAUGCUGCCUUUGUCACGUGGUCCGGUACGGGCAACGUCACCUUUUGGGACAUGGACGGUCAGGUCAAGGCCUACAUCGACGUUCCCAUAGACGUGGCCGAGCCGGACAACGAGGCCGAGCUGGUGAAUCAGAUCACUUGCGCGCGGACAACGAGGAAUGGAAAACUACUUGUGACCGCCGAUCGCUUUGGCCUUCUUAAGGUCAUCGAUGUCGACACGAAGGAAUGCCUGCUUGAUACGAAAGCGCACGCUUCUGACGGCGUGUGUGUGAGCAUCUUUGAGGAGGACUCCAAGCUCAUCAUGGCCUGCUGCGGCAGAGACCGCACAGCCCAGCUCUUCCACCGCCUGUCGAGCGGCAGGAUCGACCAUUUUCAGACGCUCGAGUUUAACGCCAGGGUCGUGCAGGUCCUCAUCCCGUCCCAAGACAAGGUCAUCACCUGUGCCCUCGACCGAACGUUGCAGGUUCACGAGCUGGUUUCCAAGGAAGGAGAUCCGGACGCCCUCGCCGCUAUUCUCUCCAAAGUCAUCUCUCUGAAAGCCUCGCCCACGUCCAUGGCGAUGGGACUGGACGGCCGGGCCAUAUUUGUCUCCCUCGUCGACCGAUCCGUCUGCCAGUUCGACCUCUCAACUGGCAGGCAAAUUUGUUACUUCAAGUGUAUCGACGAAGGAGGCAUCGAGUCCGCCGUUCUGGAAUCCAUAUCCGUUGGUCAGUGGGCGCCCAAGGACCUUGAGUAUCUGCUCGGCUCCUCCAACACGGACAAGUCGAUACGAAUUUAUGACGUACAUUCCGGUGCAUUUUUGGAUCGGGAAUGGGGACACACCGAGGCCAUCAACGGCGUUUCCCUCAUCGACGACGGCGACGGCACCAAGCAGAUUGUGAGUGUCGGCUCGGACGGGACCAUCAUGAUAUGGUCCCUCGAUCUGAAUGAUCCGUCACUCAGGCCGAUGAGUAGGGACCCAUCGCCAGUGAAGGAGACCACUUCUGGUAGACCGACUCUGAGGAGGAUUCUCUCGAAGGCCGAGCUCGCCGAGUUUCAGCGGCCGUCUCAUUCCGGGAGUCGUCGAUCUCCGCCCCGGACGAUGCAGCGGCGAGCGUCGCGACUAAACCUCUUUGCUAGCGCAACGAGUGCGAGGACGCCGACUGGGACGUCACAGACAAGCCCCAGUAACAGCACAAUCUUGGAGGACACGCUAUCGCGAAGACGCCCGUCGGAUGGGACCCCAGCAGAAAGUCCACCGUCAAGCCCAAAAUCACGGCCACGAGGCAACUCGACUCAAGGCACCAUUGCGCGGAAGAAAGCUUCUUCGUCCAACCUCCGUAGCACCUUUGGCUCUCUGAACCUGGCAACGGAGCAGGCGUGCCGAACGCUGCGAGCCUACAGGAAGAAGCUUUCGUCUUCGGAACCCCUAGCGGCGGAUAUGCUCACAGAGUUGGAUCACGAGCUACGUCUGACGGCGGCGGCGCUCGGUGAGCGAGCGAUACGAUGCAAAGCAAUGAACGAGACGGUGCUGAGCGGUCUUUUGGAUCAAUAUUCCGAGAGGCUCGUGACACUGCUCGAUGAGAAGCUGAGGCUGAAGAACCAACCCAAGGAACAAGACAAAGAACACGAGCAGGAACAGGAACAGGAUGGAGAAAACUCGAGCGAGGACCGCCGACGCAGCUUGACAACGACCUCGAGCUCGUCGUCGCUGUAA